AUGGCUAGUGGAAGGGCAAGAUUGCCACCAACUCCCGGUACGGUUACUUCCGUAUCGACGGCUUCCUGCGCACGUCCAACGCUGACCGAGCUGCACACCAACAACAACCUGUACCACUCAUCGACCGGGCCGGGCGAUGGAGCUGUACCGGCACCGGUGGAAUACCAGCAGCACCCGAUGCAUCAUCCUUCCCAUUCAUCCCAACCAGCACGUCUGCAGGCUACUGGGGCGGGCGGAGGUGGCACGCACCAUCACCAUCAGCUGCACCACCAGCAGCAGCAGCAGCAGCAGCAGGAAGUUGGCAUGACCGCAGGCGCUACUACCUCACAAAUGCUCCCGGAUGCCGCGCUAGGACUAGGACAUGGCGUGACGCAAUCACUGCGCAAACCGUUCGAUGCCCCCAGACACAUACCCGAACGACCGAGCCAGCUGGCCGACGAAAGCGAUUGGAUGAGUGAUUAUGCGGAUAGCAAUCUGAAACGUCGUAGCUCCAUCUCGAAAGACUACCUACCGGCCGGAGCGGCGACGACGACGACGGACUGGCUAAAGAAGAGCAUCCGUCGUUCGUGGACAAUAUCCAAUGCAGAAGAUGAUAACGGCUCCACACGAGACCCGGACGUCCAGCCAUAUCCUAAUCCACACCUUCCCCGAAAGCAGUCGCAAAGCAGCUAUCCGUCGCUAGUGAAGCAUCCCUACUUCAAUCCACUAUCGAUGGCGGACGAGGACGAGUAUGGGGAAGAGGAGGAAGAGAGGCAUGGAAGUCUGGAAGUUGCCGGGGGGAAUCACCGCCCAUCGGCACUGCGACGAGCAAUGCCACCGAGACAAUCGACCCUACCGAACCCGGAGGGUAUUUACUAUGGCAGCAAUAACAACCUGAUGCCGCCGGUGUCCGUAUCACCGAAGCAGCAGCUCAGUCCAAGCCCGCAGUACAACACAAGUCCGUAUCACACCGACAAUGAGGCGGACAAUGAGACGGGAUCGGAUCACCGUUCACCAUUAGUGGCACGGUACAAAAUACGCAGACAAUCAACGCUACCCUGCAAGCCGAACGAGAUGCUAAUUGAUGGUGGGAGUGUGGUAGGUGCUGGACUUCCGCAUGGUAGUGGUCCAAAAAUUAUGAUGUCUUCAUCGCCGAACAGCAGAACGAACUUGUAUUCCAAGUCUCCGGAACGCGACGGCAUCGAGGCAGCGGCCAAACAGCAGCAACGUUUUCCACCCUUUGUACGUCAAUCCACCUUUCCGUCAAACACAAACGACCCGUUCCUAUUACAAAUCCAAUCCCAUUCUUCGCCUUCUUCUUCGUCCCUGUCAACACAGCCUUUGCAGUCUCAACAGCAGCAGCAGCAGCAGCAGCAGCAACAACAGCAACAACAACAGCAACAGCAAUCGGUUGUACCAACUGUAGGCCAGCAGCGUCAGCUGCCCACCUCCCCAAAUCGGUUAGUUUUUAACAAAUCUCCCGACAGUGGUACAGAGUCAGGGCCGGGGGCGAGCGAAAGCAGCGGCACUAGUCCGCACCAGAUCGGCAAUAGAGCCGGCGCACGUAAUUACACAAUGACCAGGCAGGCGACACUACCCAAUCCUGAGCAGCACAUAAAACUGCUUCCUACAUCCCCUCCCAAAAAGCAACUGUCACCGCACAGCAUUAAGCGAUCUCCUGACUUUGCACGCCAAAACACGCUUCCAGCCUCGCAACAGCAGCAAACGGCGCCGCCAUCGCAGCAACCAUCACUGGUGGCGCCACAAUCGGCUCCCGUGCUCAUACCGAUGGCGCUGACCGCUUCGUCGUGCUCCUCGCUAGCCGGUUCAGAUGGCGCGGGGACUGGACAGGCGGUCACAAUGAACUCACUGUCGGUGCAUCAGCACGGACCCAAAUUUAUGCCCAUUUCGCCGCGUCAGAAAGCAUCCUUUCUUUUUCCCCAACCUGCCGCACCUACACCACGUCCCUUUCACUCACAGCAGCACUUCCCGACGCACCUAAACACCUCGCCCUCGGCAUCCGCCGUUAGUAGUGGCGUGACCGGUGCCGGCCCAGUGCCCGGCAUCGGUGUGAGCCAUUCGUCCUCGACGUCCCUGUCGUCUGCGGUUGCGUCGAAGAUGAUCAAAGUGCGCAGCCACAGUAACGAGGAGUACACAAUGACACCGACUACCCGGGCUGGGCUGGGGAUGGGUACGGUGAGCGAAGGACGGCGCAUGCUGCCAGAGAUACCGACCGGUGGUGGCACCGGACCUGGUGGUAGUCGAUCCCCGAGACUGGUACGUCAAGAGCACGUAAGAGACGAGCUGCUUAUCGGCUGCGUUAAUAGCGUUGCUGGUCAGGGCCCGGGCUCAGACAAACGAACCACCACCUCAUCAUCCUCAUCUCCCAAACAGAAAACGUUCGCCGAAGCGAAACAAACGAUGGUCGCGACCACAAUGGCGGAGGACAUGAUGAGCUAUGAGCUGUACGGAAGCGGCGGUCAACACACGGCGGCCGGUGUCGGCUACGAGGAAUUUUACGACGAGGAUCAAGAGUUUUCGCUGGGACCGAUUGAGACCGGUGCUGGAUAUCAGGAUAGCGACGAUUCGAGAGGAAACGAGCAGUUCAACCUGCAUCAGAUACAACAGCAGCAAAGGCUGCCUUUCGCGCCGAACGAUUCCAGUCCUGAUUCGUUGAGCGGAGCGCAGGGUACUGGAUAUGGAAUAGCGGGAAAUCGUAAAGAUCGGUUGCGCUCGCGUCGAAAAUCUCGCGAUGUGUACGAUCCGCAGGACGAGAUGAGUGGUACCGGCAUUGUCGUCGAUACGUCCGAUGGUGGCAACGGUGUUGGUUCAGUCGUUGCUACCGUUGAACCCGUCAAGAGGAAACCGGAAACAAUGCGCUCGAUCUCCGAGGAAGCUCCCGCUGCAAAGCCGCCGAAACCGGUUACUAGACGAUCGUUGUCGCAUCCUGAAAAAGAUACACAGGUAUACAGCUCGAAAAAGUUGGAUUCGAGCAAAAUACCCUCACCGAAACCGUUAACGGAGUUGCAGGAUCGUCAGCAUAAACCAUCCACUGCGAUCGGGUCAUCGACAUCACCGCGUAGAAAAAACAUAAAAUCGUUCGAUUGUGGCACAAUCAAUUCGAAAGGGUCCAACCUUCAGCCUGGCAGUUAUACCAACCAGUACCAACCAUCGGACAGUGGCAGUGCUGGAGGUCCAACAGCGGUUUCGCCCGGAAUUGUCACAGAGUCGAGUUGCAGCAGUAACACUCGUACCAGCGGUUAUGGUGGAUCAGCUACAACGCUCGCCGGUAACGUGCCUGCCGGACCGGCUACGAGCGGUGGACCGAUGGCUGGCUUUCAGUCGUUUGGUCAGCGAAAGAUAUCGGCGUUCCAACAAAUUCUACAACGGCAGCGUUUGCAAAAGCGCGACUCGAAGAGCCUCGACAUUGUUGCCUCGAAGCUAAUGGAGGAAAAGUAUGGAAGCCGGGCGCAGGACGUGGACGUAUCGAAAUCUCUAGACGAUGGUAUAUUCUCGGAGAGUGCUGGCCAUCAGUCGGAUGACAACAGUAGCGAUGAACAUAUCAAUCUCCCCUACAAAGCGAAGGAUAACAAAACCACACUUGGCGAGGCGGAAAUACAGAAUGCAGUUGAGGCGGCUGCCGUCAUCUUUAAGAAGGUGGUUCUGCAGCGCCGAGAGGAGAACAAAUGCAAAUCUUCAAAUGCUAAUCACGAGUGUCAUAGCAGUGCAGAUGGAUUAACCGAUGAAUCGGCCACACUCGGAGGAUAUUCGUCGUCGGAAACGGAAGCUGUCGGUCGGAUGCAAUCAUUUGGCCAGAGUGUUCCCACCAGAGCAGCAAUGCCACCGGAUUACGAAGAAUAUCGGCUGGUGUUUUUCAGUUCCGAUUCAUCCAGCAAGGAAGAGGAGUACGAUAGCAGCUCCACCUCGUCCUCUUCAGCAAUACGCCAUGCAAAGCGCCACCGUUACCCUACGACCUCGGCCUCGCUCGAUGAGUGUGACUGGGAUUACUUCGAACCGGAUAUGAUGCCCGGAGCGGACGAAACAAAGAGUGCUUUUUUCUACGAAAUGCUUGCGAUGGCAACGGCCACCGCGCAAUGCGUUGGUUCCGCUCAUAAUCAGUGUAAAAAUACGGUUAGUGCAUCAAAGGUAAGCAACACAGGCAGUGGUCGAAAGGUGGACAACCGUGCCGAACCAUCUUCCGCCUUUUGUCACUGCGAAUGUUGCAAUCGUCGACAGAUGCAGUACGUACCGAUACCGGUCCCAGUGCCAGUUCCCGUGCCAAUCGCGGCCUUUCAAAGUUGGCUGUACGAGCAGCAGCAACAGCUGUUACUUAUGCAUGGUACAGCUGAUGUACCAGUGGAAGGCAGCACCAGUACGGGUGGUCCAAGUGCCGCGGAAUACGCCUUGCGAACUGAUCUAGUGCAACAAUUGUGGAAAAAGUUUGCCGAUAGUAGUGAAACACGGGUGCGAAAUGUUCCACCGGAAACGGAACCAGUGGCAGCGGGAGGUGGUAGUAGAAAGGUUCCUAGCCAUCCAAAAUGUGCGUGCCGAUUUGGUAGUGCUUCGCGUCGUGAUGUGGUUGAAGCCUGUGCAACAUCCGAAAGCCACGACAGUAGCGAUAACGAGCGAAAUGCAACAAAAGUGCGCACGUGCAAGCAUCUCAACGUGCGACACAAAAGUGGCGUAGAAUCGGAACAACGCGCUCACGGGACGAUUGGUCGUGGUAGUGGUAGCAGUGGAUCCAGUGGUUCUGAAGCGACUGCAGCGAGUAGCCGAGUGCAUGUGCAAAAAGUAACCACCACCCCAUCGGCUGCUACAUCAUCGUCGUUGUAUGGUGUAAUGCGUUGUGAUAGUGUUGGUGGUGUGGCGUCGAUUUCAUUUGAUCGCGACGAUGUUGGUUCGUCGUCUGUGAGCCCAACAGCAGCCCCUACUGCACUACAACUGGUACAGAGCGCUGUUGUUGUACCACCACUACGCACAGGUGAGUUCCCGCUGGCCGUUCCGGUUACGACGAGCGCAGCCAACGAUAUCGUUACAACGGCAGCAACGUCGUCGUCGUCGGCGGCGGCGAAGCCCAUUCAAGCGCAAGAUAAUAUCGUCACUGGCGCAGAGACGAAGACGACGGCAAAUGGUCGUGUCCAAACACGCGAGUUUAUGCCGGACAGUAAUGUACGUGGUAGUGUUGUGGCAACAUCGCUUUUGCCAGCCACGGGCGAUAGUGUUACCGACGAAACAGGAUUAACUACUGCGAAGACGAUGGAUGAUGAUGAACAGUGGCAGCGGCAGUUGUGCAGCAGCAGCAACAGCAACGAUGGUGGAGCCGAUUCUACAGGAUCGGCACGAACGAACAAUAUCGAUUUACGAGACAAACAGCAACGAGGAGAAGCUUCCCAAUCUAGUGAAGCUAGCGAUACGGGCGGUAACGUUAACAGUGAUAAUAAAGGUACCGAUAUCGAUAACAAAUUCGUCGUGGACAUUGAAAUUACGUUGCCGCCCAGUAGCGAAACCGUAGUGAAAGCAGUGAAUGAAAACAACCCUCGCCGUGUGCCAGCAGUAGCACCAUCAGAAGUAACUACUUCCUUGAAGGGUGAAGAAAAUGAAUGGCAGGAACAAGCUGGCAGUAGUAGUGAAAUGAGGAAAAGUUCUAAAAAUAGGACAGAGAGUGCAGACGAACCACAGGAUGGAUACCUGCAGUACGAAUUAUUGUACCACCUGGCCCAGACAGGCGGCCGAUCAUCACCGUCAUCGUCGAGUGCAUCGUCGAGUGAAGCGGAAAACGCUGGCGAAGUGGAGCCCCAGCAGGGCCGGAAAGCCAAGGUUGGAAAGUAUUCGUUCCAUUUGACCGAGAGCAGCGAUGGUAAAAGUUCCUACAGUUCGUCGCGCUCCUCCUCGCGAUCAGCUUCGUCGCUGCAGGAAAAAUGCAGUUCCUCCUCGGACACUGAUCCGGGGGAGGAUUAUUUCGAUCGAGAUCAUGCAAACGAUACCGAAGACGACGGUUGUUGUUUUGAUGGCGAUGAUGAUGAGGUAUCGGUCGGUGGGCCUCGCGGCGGUGCUAGGCGCACUGGUAAACGAUUCAAUGCCGUGAUGGUGAUCAAUCCCGGACACAGCAGUGGCAGUGAUGGCGAAGGGCCAAGCGACAGUGACAGCAGCGACAAUCAAUCGAUAAGAACCGAAGGGGGUGAGCAUAGUAGCUACUACGGUGAGGUCGCAGGUUUCCCCCCCUUUGGCGGGUACGAUGGUGACGCCGAUGACGAUGUUGUUGGUGGUGUUAUAGUGCUAAAACGAGUGAAAAACAUAUCCGAUUUCGAGGAGACAGAAGGUGCCAACGAACACCAACGAUCCGAGCCAAUAGACGAUAAAUUGGUUCGAAAUUGUGCGGAGGUGUCAAUCGAACAGUUGCCGUCGCCUUCGCCGCCGCACAAUGAAUCGACCUUAGGAAGUCGAGAAGCGGACGAGGUGGCGGCGGCGUCGGCGGCAGUAACGACAACGGUGGUAGAUCACCAGAGCAAUGUGAAAUGUACGACAGUAAAGGGGGGAAGCCGCAAAAGCGGUAAAAUUGACAGCAGCCCACUGCCAAACUGCGAGCAAGCAACUUCGGUGGACCCAUGUUACGCGAAUAUUGGUGAAUCGAACACACACCAUCAUCAACAGCAGCAGCAGCAGCAGCAGCUAGAAGAGAAAGGUACCGUUUCUCGCAGUGCACCCGAUGCAGAUUGCCAGCAACAGAAACACGACCAACAGCAACAACGGUACGAUAGCAUAAACGUAGAAGAGAAACCACAACACCACCAACACCACCACCAUAACGACGCGCUUACACUACACACAGGUAGUGGUAGCGUUACAGGUGUGUAUCGCGUUCGUACACCAUCACCAUCACUACCACCAUCAACAACAGCACAGGGCACGAAUGCGGCCACUUGCGUCGGUACAGUGUUGGAUGAGUGUGUAAGUGGCGCCACAACUACAACCACUAUGGAAUCGGGCGCACUGGGCGACAUAAGAUCACCCCAAACGCCCCAUACGGUGGUAGGCACAGCAGUGCCCAGCAGUUCGACUAUUAAGGGUGGCAGUGGCAACAAGUACAAGAGUCUUGUUAUGAUCACAGAUGACACAUCGGACGCGAACACCAGUAAAAGCAAAAGCAGUAACGAUCACAAGAACGGAUCGAUCGCAGCAUCGAGCAUUUCCAGUGAAGGUGUUGUGGCAAACGUAGUUCAGGUAAAAGUGGCAAGUGCCUCCCCCACAACGACGACGGUGAAAACGGUACCCAGCAGUAGUGCAGCAGAUAUUGUUUGUGUUCAGUCCCACGAUCACGAUGAGAUCACUUUGGGGCAGAUUUGGCCCUCUCCUCCCGUGGCAAGUGAUGAUCGUUAUGCUGUAGCUCAAACGCUGUGCUCGUUGCAAAGUCUGCCAGAAUGUCUGCCAGAGCAAAGUCGCACGGGUAGAGUCGUCAGUGGUACAGGGCAACGGCAACACCACGAACACACGGGCAUAGCACGAUCGAGUGUUGAGUUGGUGAGCAGCGGUGCUGAUGAUGAUGACGAUGGUGGUAAUGCUGCUAACGACUGUGGCGAUCAAAAGAGUUCAACGGAGGAAUACGAAAAAAACCCGACAUUGGACGCGGCUGGAGCACUGAUGGACCUUUGCAAUCGUCAUUCGCCCUCGGUGCGGCCAAUGCCCGUUAUGGAAGGCGAGCAUUUGCGUAGUGAGAAUGACGUACAAGUGAACAGUGCUGAUCUUAGCAGUGAUUGUGAUGAUUUUUACCAACAGAUCAGUGCCACUGAUGGUGUCGAUGAAAAUCAGCAGAGUGAUCGCGUUCCUAAAGCUGCCGGUGAAAAGUUGGCCCAACCCGUGAGCUUGCAAUUUGCGGACGAAACGAAUCGACGGGUGUAUGGUAACGAAAUGGAACGUUACGACGAUGAUGAUGACGGUGAUGAUGGAGGAGGUGGCGCUGAUGAUAGAUGUGGUGGUAUGCAAACCCAAAUCGGUAACGUGACGGCAAAUGAAAAUGUUACGGUUACGACCGGAUCGACCACAUUAUCGGCAGUAAUCUGUUUGGAGGAUGGGCUGGCGGAUGACGACUCGUGGGUGGAAGAAAUUAGCCAGGACGAGGAAGAGUUCGCUACAACGACUGCGACCGAAUCGGAUUUAGAUGAUUCGAGUGAGGAAAUGUCGUUUUCGAACGAUCGCGAGGAAGAGCUUCGCGGGUAUAAUCGAACGGCGAUCGACUUUACACUGCACACCAUCGUGGAAGAAAGCUGUGAGGAUAGUGAAAUCGAUUCGCGCGGAUCAGACGUGCAAGGACGUAGGCGCGGUCGUCGAAAUGGACGGGGUGUUGACCAUGGGACUGAAGUUGGGCACGAAGGUGAUGGGGAAGAUGGGACACGCGAUCCUGCCCAUCGGCUGUCUGCUUCGGAGUUGGAAAAGUAUUUUUGCUACGGUCUUGGUGGUGAUGGUGGAACGAGCAGCAAAAUGGGCACUGGUACUACUGGAAGUGGUGCCGAAAAUUAUGGUGGAAUAGGAUAUGGGCUAGGCAUGCAUGACGAUCAGAGUGAAAUGUCAGAGGAAAGCAGCUCGCUGUGUAGCGAUGGGCAUGAUUCGCUUGGCAGUGGGACAGCUUCGGGAAGUGUUUCAGCCGCACGGUUGUCCGGAGCUUCGAUGGAAAGCCACGAUCAGGACAAUGAGGAUAAUUCAACUGACUCGGUGACCGAUUUGGCUUCAUCGCGAUUGGAAAAAUAUUUUCUCACCGGUUUCCUGGGAUACAAUACCACAGACCGAGGGAGUACUGGCGGCGGCAAUGGUGGCGGCGGUAACGGAUCGGACGGUAGCGGUGGCAGUGUCGGAAGCGACAGUGAAGGUCACGUUAGUCCGGAACAGCGCCGUAAACGACUGGUACGGGCAAGGGGUGCCACAAGAUCGCACAGUUCGCUGGACAAUUUGUUACUGGCCGGAAAGGAUGCAGAGCAUAAUCACGAAUCGAUCGGAUCGAACAUUAGUCAGUCGGCGGGUUCAUCGUACGAGGCGGCAGGUAUGAUUGCAAGUGGAUCCGGCACCGGCAGUGCUGUCGUAAUGGGUGGUAAUGGUGAUUUGGAUCAUUCGUCGGAAACAGAUACCUGCGACGAAUCGUCGGCAUUGUAUGCGCACCAAGAUCGGUCGGAAUCCUCGCCGUACGAUACGAUGGGAAAGAGAAAGAAGAAGUUUAUGACUAAAAAGAUGGAUGUAGCGAUGGCUCGUGCAGAGCAGCAGCAACAACAGCAUCACGGAGUGAUUGGAGACCCAGCCGUCGGUGUGAUUUGCUCCGAGUCGGAAGAUAGUCGUAAAGGACCUUUGUUGCAAACAACUACCCUUGACGUGGGUAGUGGGCGUGAGGCGGGUGUUGUACCCGCUGUUAACAGUUCUUCCCUGCAUCCCGCAGGGGUUGAGAACUCAAGAAAGCAGACCAGUCGAGACAGCGGAUUUAUUGGCAGUAAUGAUGAUUUGCUAAAGGAAGAUCAAACGUUAGCUUCUUCUUCGAAAGCAACGCCAUUUUCAACAGUCGAACCAAUUCUGGAAGAAAACAGAAACGAGAACAAGGAGACCGAUGCAGAGUUAAUAGACACAAAUCAGGCUACGUUAUGCAGUACGUCCCGCUUGCCAUUGUCUCCCGGUACUAGUAGUAUGGCGAAAAGCAACACACAAGGCACGGGAAUGGUAAACUUGGUACGAAAGGACAGCUUCAACAACUGGAGUUCGGAUGAGGAGACGAAUCUGAUGAUGUCCAAAAUGCGACAGUUUUUCAAAUCGCUUGUUGCCGCUUCGGCCAAUACGAGGAAGUUACCGAACUCGAGCAGCUCUACACCAGGAGUAAGUGGGUCCAACACACCACAGCAGGGCGGUAGCACACCGGUAGCACGUCCACGAGGGAUGCGCACGAAACCGCCCCAGCUGGUGUACUUCGAGAAUGAGUUGACGCGAUUGAUGAAGACGGUGCCGGGUAUCCGGGACGAGCAGGUGCGUGAAAUUGUGGAGUAUUUGAGCAGUGAGGACACGUGGUCAGAUUCGUACGAUUCGUCUGACUACACAAGCUCCGAUCUGGAGGGUACAGUCGCUGCAGUUGCGGGAGGAAAUCCUUUUGGAUUACAGGAAGAAAUUUCGGCCAGCUGUAGACAGAUUAUCAACAAGUUCGAUAGCAGUGUUAGAAAGGAUGAAGAAGGCGAUAUCGGCGACGGAGGUUUAGUGACACUGGCAAUGUCAGAGAAAGCAGAAUCGCCCCUGGUCGCACACCACCGUCACCAUCAUCUGCAUCAACCGCAUCCACAGCAACAACAGCAGUCGUAUCAUCAAACGCCACUUAGCAAAGAGACAGCGUUUGUGUAUCAACGUUUGGUAGCGUCUCUGUCGAAGGUGGUUUCGAAUGAGCCGCCCAGUAAGGAAACCAAUGAUCCUUCGGUGGAUUUACAGCCCAAUGCUUCGGGGGUUACAGUGACACCGAGUGCGAACAGUUCUUCGUCACCACCACUGAUUGCGAAAGUAAUGCACCAUAUCGGUAGUCGCUUGGUGGCACUAAUGCACGAAGUUAGCAGUGGCGAGUCGCACGCUAGUAUAUCGCCUAAACCGCAUCGUAUAGGUAUGCAUCGGAAGUCUGGCCAAGCGAUUCCGGGUAAUGUUGGAAGUGGUGUUGGCGUCGGCGCCGCUGGUAAUACUUCCACGGGAGUAGGAGCAAUACUAGGGCAUCAUCACCAUCAUCAUCACCAUCACCUACACCAUCAUCAUCAGAUUAUUUCCGCUACAACAACAGAGGAUGAUGAAGAUAGUAGUACUUCGGAGAGCAACGAUCGUCAACAUCCACACCAUUAUCAUCAUCAUCGAUCGAGGAUAGGUGUGGGAGCAACGGCCCAAGAAACAGCACCUCCUGCCGGACAGGAGGAAGAUGAGGAGGUUGGAGCUAUCGAGGGUGGCGCGUCUGUGUCAUCCUCCUCCUACGCUAUGCUGUUGCCGAGAAGUAAAAGUCACGAUCUUUUACUAAGUGAUCAGCGAUCGCAAGGACACUAUCAGUAUCACUCCGGCACUGGAAGCGAUAUGGUCGGUGAGGAACGAGGAGAAGCUAGCGAUUACGAGCGGUUCUCAUGGCGUGGAAGUUUUGAAUCGGCCUUACUCGCAAACGGGGAUUCUCGCACUAAGCUCUCCAUGCUGGAUAAUUCUUCAUCUUCAAAAUCCAUAUUGGUGGCGAAGCGCCGAUCUGCCGGUGAUCUGCUGUUUAACAAUCAAAAUCUAAGCCAGGAACAGCUAGAUCGUGUUCGUAGCUGUGGCAGCAUCGGUGGCGAUAGAGAAGAGCUCUGGGAGGAGAAGCAGCAACAACCGCAUCCGUAUCAACAGAAUCAACCGUACCACAAUCUGCAACAGCCUCACCAACAACAGUUGCUGCAGCAGCAACACCAUCAACAGUAUCCGCAAAGCUCAACUGCAGGCAGCCGGCGACGGUUAUCUAGUGUUGCAGCUGACGAAGAAGAUACGGAUUCCGAUGAAGGAGUCAUGAAGGGCGGUAGCAAUCGAUUGGUUUUAGCUUCGCGAUCUACGCUUCCGCGUAGCUUGCAGAACACGAUGAUCAGCGGUACCACUAACUCGCUGCCACGAUUACCGACGUCCCAUUUGCAGACCAUCAUGCAAUCUGUAGCAUCCUCUUCGGCAUCAUCCUCUUCGGGGACCGGGUCGUUAGCUAUCAGCUCGUCGGCGGCCAAACCUACCACCGCAGGGACAGGUGGUAUGGGCAUGGGACAGAAAUCACAAAGUGUGUACCACUUUUUACAGAACAAUGUAAAAAGUGCGCGCUAUCGUGCGCCGGGCUUCAAUCGCCCACCUUCAGCACCAAAGCGAGCCAUGUCUGCACCAGGCCUACAGCCACCUUAUCCGCGACGCGAGCGGCGUAAUCGCUUGCAACACUUGUCGAAUGAAGAGUGCAACAGUCCGGAUUUGACAGGAUCAACAGGGGCGCUGGGUGGAGAUGAUGAGCAGCAAGGAAAUAGUUCACGCAGCGCAGCAAGAGACACGUACGAACGGCAGGGCGAUGGAACAGCUUCAAAUGGGAUGCAGCAUAAAGGUGGAAGUAUCGUUUCGUCGCCAGUCGGAUCGGCCGGCGGUGUCAGUGAUAAUUGGCCAUCACAGUCGGAUGAGGAUAUUGAUCGGCUGGUGGCACUGCACCAAAAUCGCGCCAGUCUCAGCUCCCUAGGAGUACGGUCGGACUCGAUGGCUAGUGUAUACUCAGGCGCCGGUGAAGGUCGUUACGGCACUGUUACGGUUCGCGGACAGAUCGAAUUCGGUAUGCAGUACAACUAUAAACAGGGUGCAUUGGAGAUACAUGUCAAGCAAUGCAAAGAUUUGGCCGCAGUGGACACGAAAAGAAACCGUAGUGAUCCGUACGUGAAGGUGUACCUUUUGCCGGACAAAUCAAAGAGCGGCAAGCGCAAGACCAAGGUAAAGAAGCACACACUGAACCCGGUAUUUGAUGAAGUGCUUCGGUUCCACAUGAGUUUGAACAGUUUGCAAACGCGUACAAUCUGGAUCACUGUAUGGCACUCGGAUAUGUUUGGAAGGAACGAUUUUCUCGGCGAAGUCAUGAUGGGUUUACAGGAUAAAGUGUUCGACAAUCCGCAGGCGCAGUGGUACCAACUGCAGGAACGGAGUGAACCAUUUGAAGAUUUGUCAGCAUAUAAAGGCGAUAUCAUUGUCGGGUUAAAGUAUGUGUCGGCUGAUGCAGAUAGUGGUGGAAUCAUUGGAGCUGGUGGUGGCAUUUCUGGCGGUAGCGGUGGAUCAGCGGGCAGUGGAUUUGGAACGCUUAAUCUGCGAAAGUUUAGCACUCGAUCCCUAACGUCCAACUCUUCGUCGACCCUUUCGGGGCAUAGUAAGGGUGCGUUGCACGUGCUGGUAAAAGAAGCGAAACACUUGCAACCGAUUAAGUCGAAUGGUACCUGUGACGCUUUUUGUAAAAGUUAUUUACUACCGGAUAAGAAUCGCAGCUCAAAGCAAAAAACACCCGUUAUAAAACGAACCAACUCGCCAGUGUGGAAUUACACUUUCGUGUACGAGGAUGUUUCACUGGCAGAAUUGUCUGAACGAGCGCUGGAGCUUACAAUAUGGGAUCACGAUCGACUGGCUAGUAAUGAAUUUUUAGGUGGUGUUCGUUUUUCGCUCGGAAACGGCAAACACAAUGGCAGGGCUGUUGAGUGGAUGGAUUCCACUGGUAAAGAGCUGUCGCUGUGGCAAAAUAUGAUUAAUAGGCCCAACUUUUGGGUUGAAGGGGCCCUCGUUUUGCGGCCGUCCCUGGAAAAUGCUAAAUUUUCCACAUAAUUUUCAGAACCCCCCGUAGAAAGCCGAGGAAUCUUAUAGUAGAGCAGAUUCC